UCCGCGGCCAUGUAAACAUGAUUGUUUCUUUAUACUAAGUUGGACCAUCUUAUGAAAAUGGUAUUGAAGGAAAUGUAAACUUAUGAAUCUAAAAUGAAGUACAUGUAAAUAAUUUUUAUAUAACAGUUACUAUAAAUUAAAAAAACCAACAACAUAAUUUUUUGUUGUGGUAAUUUAUACAUACAGUACACACAAUUCAAGAAAAUUGUUAUUUACCAGGAGUGACAAUUUUUUACCAUUACAUCAAAAGAUUGCUCUUUAUAAAAGGAAUAUUUGAAAUUAGCAGAAAAAGUAUCACUGGAGAUAAAGUGUUUUUGAGAGAUGGUUAAGCCAAAUACAUCAGUAAACAGAAAAGCAAAGUUUAAUGGCCUUCACAGUAAACAUAAGCAUUUUCAAUGCACAAAAGAUGACAUUGCUAGAAUCAAAGAUACGUCCUCUCAUUCUGAAGGGAAGAUGACAAGAUGGAAAAGACGGCGCCUGCAUAGGAAACUGAAGAGAGAAGCUGAAGAAGACUCUUCGAUAAAGAAGAAAAUAAACCCAACUGAUUGCAGUGUCGAUAAAACAUCAGUAAAGAAAAAAGCAGACUUGACUGAUUGUAGUGUCGAUAAAACAUUGAUAAAGAAAAAAAAAGACUUUACUGAUUGUAGUGUCAGUAAAACAUCAAUAAAGAAAAAACCAGACUUGACUGAUUGUAGUGUCGGUAAAACAUCAAUAAAGAAAAAACCAGACUUGACUGGUUGUACUUUGAGUAAAGGAGAUGUAUCUAGUCAUACAUGUGAUGGAAGUAACACAACCCCAUUCAAUAAGGGUGGCUUGAAUGAUCGGACUCAUAACUCUAAAUCUCUUAAUGUCACAGUACCAGUUGAUGGUUUGAAAGUCAGGUUCAAGAAGAAAUACAAGGAUGUAGACAUGGCUGGUGUAACUGAAAAAGAAAAGGUGGUUGGACAUGAUGGAAUAAAGGGAGUGGUUGACGGAUAUAAAACAAGCAAAGAUGUCUCAAGCAAUUGGCUGAAUUUGAAGCAGAUGCUUGAGAAAACCAAGGAGGAAAAUAUUUCACGGAAGAGAAAGUUGUCUUCUGCAAAAAACAAGGAUGUUGAUGCCCAAAAUCCAAAGGCAAAGAAACAUAAACUAAGAAAGAUACAGACAUUUUCAAAAUUGAAGACCGAAUCAAGAGAAAAGAAAACGGACAAAGAAAGUCCAAAACCCAAACCUGACAUUUGGUUUGACGACGUUGAUGAGAUUCUCGUGGAAGGAAUGCAGGAGAAGACAAUCACCAAGAUUAAAGGGAACCCGCUGGUCAAGCUGGGCACGUUUGAUGGACUGACUAAAGCGGUUGCUAUGGACUGUGAGAUGGUUGGAGUGGGAGAAAAGGGCAGGGAAAGUGUUCUAGCGAGGGUGUCGAUAGUGAACCAGUACGGAAACUGUGUCUAUGAUAGAUACGUGAAGCCGCAGGAGACCGUCGUGGACUAUCGGACAUUCGUCAGUGGGGUGACGCGACAACACUUGAUCAAUGCGGAAGAAUUCCGUGAUGUACAGAAAGAUGUCUGUGACAUAUUGAAAGGAAGAAUUCUGGUUGGUCAUGCGUUGUCCAAUGAUUUGAAGGUUUUGUUUCUGGAUCAUCCGAGGAAGACAGUACGAGACACUUCGAGCUACAAACCAUUUCGCCAGCUGUUCAACGGGAGAACGCCGUCACUGAAAAAACUUACAGAGAAACUUCUCGCGGUCACAGUGCAGGAAGGGCAGCAUGAUUCUGUUCAGGAUGCCCAAGCUGCCAUGAAGUUGUACACCAUUUAUAGGAAACGAUGGGAGAAAGACAUUAAGCUGGGUCUGACAAAACUUAAAAAGAAUAAGAAAACCAACUUAAAAGAAUGAUCGUGUUUUCUAAACUGGUCGGCAUUUGCAAAAACGGGCCAUGGAGAUCCACCAAGCCAUUGGAUUUAUAGAUACCAUUUUUCAGGCUUAGAAAGGCGAAGAAUUUUGAGUUGGGCCAUGGAAUAUCAUGGAAAAUUAAAUAAAACCUUUUUCCUACUUAAAAUAAGACAAGACUAGACCAGCUGUUUGCAUCAAAUCAUUAUAAUAAUAUCAGAUUAUGUUGUUGAUUGCAGUAAAAUUCUUUAAAAAUC